AUAAAACUCGUUUGACAAAUGGGAUUUGAAACUUUACGACCAACGCUCCAGUUUACAUAUUACAUACAUCGUGAUGGAGCUGGUAGACAGUUCCCAGGACCUGAUGAGUCCCAGUAACGUCGCUCGGAAAGAUGGAUGUGCUGCCAACAACAGGAGGGUCGUCGUCGGAGGGAUCGUCGGCUUCGUGCUGGGUGCCGUCAUCAUCGGGGUCGCUGUCGGCGUGCCGCUGUCUCAGCGGUCCUCCAGGGACCAGUCCCAACCGGUGGUGGGACCUGACGGGUCGCCCGUAACCCCCGGGACGAGUCUGUACAGGGCCAUUCAGGUGCUGAAGAAAUAUCCACUGGUUGACGGCCACAACGACCUAUCCUGGCAGUACCGGAAGCAGGCUGAAAACCGCGUGUACGACGUCAACCUCAACAUGGACCUGAGAACCAAGUGGAAUAUCAGCCACACCGACAUCCCUCGUCUCAGAACGGGACGGCUAGGGGCGCAGUUCUGGGCUGUUUACGUGGACUGUGGCUCACAGUACAAAGACGCUGUAAGACUAUCGCUCGACCAGACGGACACUAUCAAGAAAAUGAUAAGCAAGUACCCGGACACGUUCCAGUUUGUCACAACAGCAGACGGUAUACUCGACGCCCACAGGAAUAACAAGAUUGCAAGCAUGAUGGGUCUAGAGGGAGGCCACUCUAUUGAUAGCAGUUUGGGGAAUCUCAGAAUGUUCUAUGAUCUCGGAAUUAGAUACAUGACCAUCACCCACAGCUGUAACACACCCUGGGCAGACAACUGGAAGGUAGAUGUUAACAACACUCCAGAGUUCGAUGGUCUAUCACCAUUUGGAGAGAAAGUUAUAAAGGAGAUGAACAGGCUGGGGAUGCUGGUGGAUUUGUCGCACGUGUCGAAGCAGACGAUGAAAGACGCCAUCGUCCUGUCGGCUGCUCCAGUGAUCUUUAGCCACAGCUCGGCCUUCUCGCUGUGCAACCACUACCGCAACGUGCAGGACGACGUCCUACAGAUGACGAAAACCAACAAAGGGGUGGUGAUGGUGAACUUCUACAGUGAUUACAUCAACUGUCCUCCACACAACAAGACGACAGCUACACUUUCACAAGUGGCAGACCACAUAGACUACAUCAAGAACCUAAUUGGAGUGGACUAUGUCGGAAUAGGGGCGGAUUACGAUGGCGUGACCAGAGUACCAGAGGGUUUGGAAGACGUGUCCAAGUAUCCUGAUUUAUUCGCUGAAUUGAUAGAAAGGGGGUGGACAGAUGAAGAGUUGAUGAAGUUAGCCGGCAAAAAUCUCGUUAGAGUCUUCAAAGCAGCAGAAAAGGUACGUGACCAGUUGAUGAACGUACCGCCAUACGAGGACCAUAUCCCAACGUCAGCCACGGCAAACGAAACAUGCAGGACGUCAUUCUAACUCGUGUGUGCAGAAUUAGGAUCAUUUUUUAAAAGAAAUAAGCAGCGUGUCGGGUUUGAGUGCAGCAAACCUGUCGCCACAAAGAGUUACAAUUCGCCCGAUUUGCUACAUCAAAAUGUUAACAUAGUUGACUGAAUAUCCAUUAUAGUCAAAGCAUUUGCCGACGGCCUCUUGAUUCAAAAACUAGUACGUCAUUGCAGACAACAUAAAAGGGACAUUCCGGAGUUUAUUGCAUUGUAAGAUGUUUCCGACUAAUAAAAUAUUUCUACGAUUAAAUUUACAUAUUAAAUAUAUUUUCUUGUUUAGAAUAUCAGUGUCUAUAUAUUCAACGUGUUUCUGGUCGUCUUAAUAUUUGUAAACCUCAAACCGUAGAAGAUAUUUUAUGUAUUAAUAUUUGGCUGAAUGAUAGAAUACUCAUUGAUCGUAAGCCAUUUCUAUAUAAAAAUUAUUUUGAAAAAGGAAUUGUUUUUAUAAACGACCUUAUUGACGAAAAAGGUGACAUUUUAAAAUAUGAUCAGUUCAUAAAAAAAAAAUAUAUAUAUAUCCACCAAUUUCAUUAGCUAUGCUUCGUUAACAAAUGCAGUAAAAACGUACAUAUACUGAACAAAAAAAGAAACUUCCGAUUUGUACAUAUAGUAUUUGUUGUGUUAAAGAAUUCAUUGUGUAAUGAAAUUAUAUAGGUAGUAUUAGCCUUGAGCU